UGGGGAUGUCGCGGUUGUUGCAGCGCGAGAACUGAAAAUUGACACGGCCAUUCGGGAACUUCUUCCCCGCGCUUUGAUGAGUGGCAGGGGAGCCAGAAGAAACAGAGCGUUCCAGGGAGAGAAGCCGGACUGUCUCGUGGGAUACGGGUUCGGGAGUCGGAAGAGUGUAGCGGACGCCUCGGACAGCCUUGAGUAAAAUGAAUGAAAAUAAACCUGGUGACUCUCAGACUCUUGUUUGUGUUUUCUGCCGAAAAAAUGAUGACUGUCCUAAUAAGUAUGGAGAAAAGAAAACUAAUGAGAAAUGGAAUCUCACUGUGCAUUACUAUUGUUUGUUGAUGUCAAGUGGAAUUUGGCAGAGAGGUAAAGAAGAAGAAGGAGUUUAUGGUUUUCUAGUAGAAGAUAUAAGGAAAGAAGUGAAUAGAGCUUCCAAACUGAAAUGCUGUGUUUGCAAGAAAAAUGGUGCUUCAAUUGGAUGUGUUGCACCUCGAUGUAAACGAAGUUACCAUUUCCCGUGUGGACUUCAGAGGGAAUGUAUUUUUCAAUUCACUGGAAAUUUUGCAUCAUUUUGUUGGACCCAUCGGCCUGUUCAAAUAAUUACACCUAAUAAUUAUAGAGACUCUGUUCCAUGCACCAUUUGUUUGGAAUUUAUUGAGCCUACUCCAACUUAUAAUAUAUUACGAAGUCCUUGUUGUAAGAAUGCUUGGUUUCAUAGAGACUGUGUACAGGUUCAAGCAAUAAAUGCAGGAGUGUUUUUCUUUAGGUGCACAAUAUGCAAUAAUAGUGACAUGUUUCAGAAAGAGAUGUUGAAAAUGGGAAUUCAUAUUCCUGAAAAAGAUGCGUCUUGGGAGUUAGAGGAAAAUGCUUAUCAAGAGCUUCUGCAGCACUAUGAGCAUUGUGAUGUACGAAGAUGUCGUUGCAAGGAAGGGAGAGACUAUAAUGUACCUAAUAGCAAAUGGGAAAUAAAGCGCUGUCAGUGUUGUGGUUCUAGUGGAACACAUUUAGCCUGUUCCUCACUACGAUCAUGGGAACAAAAUUGGGAAUGUUUGGAAUGUAGAGGUAUUCUCUACAAUUCAGGGGGUUUCCAAAAAGCCAAAAAACAUACAUUACCCAACACUAACAAUGUUGGAAUAAAUGAUUGUUUGUUGGAAGAAUCAUCACCUAAAUUACCCAGACAGUCACCUGGAGCCCAGCAUAAAGAUCUGCUGAGGCAAGGCAACAAAUUUAGAAGAGACAUUUCAACAAUAAUAACAGAGUUAGGGUUUCAAAUUUGUAAAAAAACUAAAAGAUUCUAUGUCAACAAAGCCGACAUCUGGAAUAGUGCCUUAAAUGGAUUCAGAAAUCAGAAGUUUAAUCCUUUAUACACAAUUGAAGUAGUUUAUGUUAAUGAGAAUGAUAAUUUUGGAAUUGAGCAUUCUGGAUCAAAGCAAGAAUUUCUAAGUCUUUUAAUGCACCAUCUUGAGAACUCACCAUUGUUUGAAGGGUCCUUGUCAAAGAACUUGUCCCUAAAUUCUCAAGCUCUGACAGAGAAUCUUUACUAUGAAGCUGGCAAAAUGCUUGCCAUUUCUUUGGUUCAUGGUGGUCCUUCACCUGGUUUCUUUUCUAAAACUUUGUUUAACUGCCUUGUUUAUGGACCAGAAAAUACCUUACCAAUUUUGGAUGAUGUUUCGGACUUUGAUGUGGCACAGAUUAUAAUUAGGAUAAAUACUGCAACAAAUAUAGCGGACUUAAACUCAGUUAUGAAUGAGUGCUAUAAUUACCUAGAGUUUAUUGGAUGUCUAAGACUUAUAACUUCAUUAAGUGAUAAAUACUUGCUGGCAAAAGACAUACUUGCUUACCAUGUAAUUAAGAGAGUGCAAGCACCUUUCGAAAGUUUUAAGCAGGGUCUGAAAACUCUUGGUGUUUUGGAGAAAAUUCAGACUUAUCCGGAAGCAUUUUAUAGCAUCUUUUGUCAUAAACCUGAGAGACUUACAGCCAAAGUCCUUAGUGACCUUUUUACGGUACACACAUUAUCGGAUGCACAGGCUUUGGGCUUUUGGAACAGUUACUUACAGGCUGUUGAGGAUGGUAAAUCUGCGACAACAAUGGAAGACAUUCUUGUUUUUGCAACUGGUUGCAAUUCCAUUCCACCUGCAGGAUUUAAGCCCACUCCUUCAGUUGAGUGCCUUCAUAUAGAUUUUCCUGUUGGAAACAAGUGUAAUAACUGUUUAGCUCUUCCAAUUACCGAGACAUAUAAAGAAUUUCAAGAAAAAAUGGACUUUGCCAUAAGAAACACUCUACGACUAGAAAAGGAAGAAAGUUCUCAUUACAUUGAACAUUAAGAUGUUUUGAAAAAGAGAUACUUCUUUAAAAGCUGCUAUGAAUACUUUUAUUUCAAAAAUCUGUCCAUCAUCACUGUUGAACAUACUUGUCGGCUUCUUAGUUCAGUAAAAUUGUUGAUGUGAACAUAAAGGAAUAUUUUGGCCAUUUAAGCUAAAAAAUUUUGUACCAAAGUUGAUAUUUUUCUAUUUUGUUAGUAUGCAUGCUUCAUAACCUUCAAUGUAAUCACUUUUUAAAUGACUGUACAGACUUUCUUCAAGUAUAGUAGCAUGGUAUAUAUAUAUAUAAAAAAACUUGUAUUCACUGUUUUGUAAAUUUGAAUUAGCAAUAGGAUGCUACAAUGACUUUUUGCUAGCUUUCUGCAAUUUUCAAAUUAUUGUUUUCUUUUAAAGCAUUAAAUAGGAAAGCUAAUUGAUAAAUCCUGUUAUAUAAGUCAACAGCAUAUAUUCUGGGAUAUGUGUUACAUGUAUCCUUUUCUAGGAUGGGACUAAAUUGGUUGCUAAACUUAAAAAACAAAAUUUUUUUAGAUUACCGAUUUGUAUUAAAAUAGACCCACACUGCAAUUAGAUUAAGCCUAAUGGAAAGUAUUACCUAAAAAGCAGAACUGCACAAAUAUUCUACAAUCUGUGUACAUUCCAUAGUCUUAAAAACACUUCUGAGGUGGAUAAAAUAUAGUUGAAAAUAUUUUUAAAAGUCUUCUUUAAAGCCUUGGCUUUAUCACAGGAUUUUUUUUUCAUGUCUGAUCCUUAAUUGUUUCAGAUAUGUGAAUGAUCUCUGUGGGUUAUUAUGUGGUAGGUUUGGCUAUUUGACAGUUAUUUAUUAUUGCAAUGGUUGUAUGUAUGAUAAGCAAGCUCAUACCAUUGCAUUACUGUAAACUCUUUUGCUCUUGAAAGGUAUCUGUUAUUAUAUAGGCAAUGUAGAAAUAUGUAGUAGAAAGAAAUACAAGUAGAAUGAAAAACCCAUUCUGAUCUCACGAUGCAGAAUUAACUAAUGUAUUUCAGUAUAUUCUAUAAAUUCUUUCCUUUUUUUAAACUUUAUUACUGUUUCUAAAAGUCAAAGAACAUUAACAUAUAUUAAUGUCACCUAAAAGGAACUGGAAAUCAUAUAAUAACAUUUUGAAGAUUAUGUCUCCAUAGUCAUGUCCCCAUAGUCAUGUUUCUAUAUUUAUAUAUUCUCUUGAAAAAGAAGGAAUUGGAAAAGUCUAAUGUCUCUAAAUCUAUUAUCACAUAUAAAUGGGUUUUCCACCAAUGUAUAUCAUAUGAGAGAUAAAUUACUUAAUUAUAACCACAUUUUUUGAUACAGAGCAGAUAUCAGCUAUCAUUAUCAUAUUCACAUUCUCCCCAAUAAAUAUUCUUAAGUUAUCUAUAUUUUUAAAGAAAAAUAAUAGGUUUGAUGUGGUAUUGAUAAUAUAUCUCCUAAUACCAAAGAAAAACGAAAACAUAAUCCUAGUGUAAUUUUCUUUGUUAUACUUACUAACACACCCAGCAAUUAAAGUUUCACUUUCAAUUUUUAAAGAACAUUAAAGGAGGCACUUCUUUGUCUUGUAUUAAAUUUAGAUUACUGAAAGUAAUUAAAGGACCUAUUAUUAUCAAAAAUGUGAAUAUCUAAUAUAAACCUCAAUCUUGCCAUAUAGCUUUUAUUUCAAAUGUGUUGAUAAAUUAUUUCUUAACCUACCUAAUUUUAUAAAAUUUAAAAAGACAUUAUACCAUUACAAACAAAAAUUUUAAUUUAAACUAUUUUCUGGUUAUUUGUAGUUUUAAUUAAUUUCCCUUACAUUGGUAAUUAAGCUGAUGAGCACUCAUACACUUUUUAGGUGUGGAGGGGUGGGGAGGAGGAAGCCAGAUUGGUUUGGCUACGAUUAAAAACAGUAUUUCAACUCCUCAUUUCACUUUAUGCAUAGACGUGGCCUUAGGGAAAAGGUAGUAUAAAUAAUCAUUUAGGAUAUUCAUGGUUUAAACUGAAGCAUAGAUGUUCAUAUUGAGAAAUGUUUUCUGGUUUUAAGGAUGGUCCAUUAGUGUGAUUUUUGUCUUUUAGAUUAAUCUGUAUAAUCAGGGCAUAUCAGAGAAAUCUGUAAGUUGUUUACUGCACUGUUACUAUGUCACAUGGUUGGUAUUAUUUUUUUUCCCAUUCAUUGUUAUAACCAGUGCACAAUUCUUACUGAUGUUUGUGUUAGAAAGGAAUAAUGCUAUAGAUUUUUAUGAUUAUGUGUAUGUAUUUCUUAAAUAUUUCCAUCUAAAUGCCAUGUAUUUCAAGUUUGUUUUCUAUUGCUUUCAAUACCAAGGAAAACCAGAAAUUUGCCUAUUAUGCAUCUAUUGUUAAUGGUCUUUGGUUAUUUUUAUAUGAAUUGUUUCUAAACAGUUUUUAAACUUAUUGGUGUGAGAACAUCUGAAAGCCUUAUAUACAAUUUUCUAUUAUACUUGAUCAUUUUAGUAGUUAAGGUAAAUAUUCUUUAAAAUAUUAGAAAUUAGUUUCUGUUGUUAUAUUUUGUCAUAUUUAAUUCCCAUAUUGUGAAUAAGCCAUUCCUUGUUUGGAUCAAGUAAAAAGCCUUCAUUCCAUUACUAAAUUGAAAAAUCACUUUGGCCUCUUCUUUAUACCAAAACUUUUUAUAAUUUUUUAAAGGUAGUGGAACUUUUGUACUUACCGCUGAAUGCUAAGGAGAGGAUAAUAGAUAAGUUUUUCAGUGACUUUGCCUUUAGCAUUCAAUCAUUAUAAGAAAAUUAUUAGAAUAAGACUAUUUAUAAAUAUGUAAUCUUUUAUAUAUAGUCAUUAUUACAUGCUUCAUUGUUACUUUUACAGUAAGCUAUUAGACUAAUUGUUAUGCUUAUAGAAAUACAAUGCAAAGUUUUAUGCUUCAAGCAGUGCAAUACAAAGCAUAAGAAAGUUGAGGGAUUUACAGUAACUAGUAUAAGGGACACAUGGACAAAA